AUGGCUACUCGUCCCGCAGCAAAGGCUGGCUCAUGGUAUGAGGAUGACACGGAGACUCUGAAGAAGCAGCUCAAGGGCUUUCUUGCCGCUGUUCCCAAUAGCAUCGACGGAGCUACACUGCCAGUUCCAGGUGCUCGCAUCAUCAUUGCCCCGACGCUGCUCAUUAGGCAUGCCGGAUACACAUACUCUGGUCGUUGCGCUGCCUGGGCAUACAAGAGCCUUGACCUCAGCCAGGCCAAGCGCGUCUUUGUCCUGGGCCCUUCACAUACUUACUACCUCGAAGGAUCCGCCAUCACCACCUUUGCGAAGUACACCACCCCAUUCGGUGACUUGACGGUGGAUAUGGAGAUGGCCAAGAAAGUUGGCGAGGCUGCGACGAUGGAACAGAUUGCGCGCCGGAAUGAGAUUGACGAGCACUCUCUCGAGAUGCAUAUGCCUUACCUCUACCUCCGAUGUGAGGAAACGUUUGGCUCACCGGACAAGUUCCCCAAGAUCGUGCCCAUGCUAAUUGGAUCCAACGACGGACCAGAGGAAAGGACCAUUGGCCGAGCCUUGCUGCCCUACCUGAAGGAUCCUACCAACGCCUUCAUCAUCAGCUCCGACUUCUGCCACUGGGGCAGAAACUUUAGCUACACGGUGUACUCGCCGUCCAACAGCCCUUCGGAUCUAGUCAGGCUACGCUCCUCUGACCCGGCGCCAAAGGGCCCCCCGAUCCACGAGACGAUCCGGACGAUUGACGAGGCGGCUAUGGACGCCGUUAAGAGCGGCAGUCACGACGCCUUCCUCGCAACCCUGAAGCAAACCAAGAACACGGUGUGCGGGCGACACCCGAUCGGAGUCAUGAUGGCAGCCCUAGAGUUGCUGAACCAAGAGCCGCAGUAUAAGGGCAAGGGCCUUUUCAACAUUAUUCAGUACGACCGGAGCAACCUGGUACAGCAACCUAAUGACAUGAGUGUCAGCUAUGUGUCGGCGUACGCUGUGCUGUGA